AUGGCGCCAGUUGGACCUAUCACCCAGCAAAAUGUCGCCAACAAAGUGAAGCGCCCGAUCCCGCCUGGGAUCCAAACAAACGGCACCAUGAUCUCCUCAAAAUCAUCACCAUCUCCAUCAAUGUCAGCAAAGAAACCUCCACCGAGCGCGAAGCAGCCGCCGCAUUCGGCCAGCGAGAGGGCCAUUACCGCAUCAACAGUCCGACCCGUCAAUCGAUCCCGGCGAGAGACAGCAUUGCAACUACAAGGUCGACACUCCAGGAAUAGUGCUGGCAUCCGAUCUGCGUCUUUGACGGCGGAUCACGGGGCCCAUGACACUGGACCUCGACCAUAUAUUAUCAGUGACUCCUAUAUCUUGAACAAGUUCGCCGGCCGGCCUCCCUCCCUUAUUGUCCAUCUGCACCAAACACAUUUCCGAUUUGAUAACCAAGAUGGCAUGUUCCAAUACAAGUCACCAAUGCGAACCUUCCUAGACCAUGUUAGAAGCCGAACGGUCCCCCAUGAUCUUCUCGCCCACUUGAACGACGGAGGUGUGCCAUUUUACGACGGAUGUCUUAUUGUUCAACUCCACGACCACAAGUCGCCUAUCCAAACCAAGGAUGUUGUCAGACCCACGUCUGCGAAGGGCUCUGUCUUGCCGUCCUCAAUUCACAACUACAACCAAUGCCUUACACCAUCUCCUAAUGUACCCUUUCCAAAGGAUAGCCUAUCUAAUGGUGACGGGAAGUCCAAAACCAACAAUGCUGUGGAGAAAGAAGAGACAUCUAUCAUGCCAGCUCCCGAGGAGCUGAAAGAGAAAGUAACAAGGCGCCAGGUGGUCACUGUCGUGUUGCACCCGACGCCAGAGAGCCUACAGAUGGACCUGUUAAUUAAGGCUUCUACUCCACGAGGUUUGAACGAUGCAUCUGGUCAACCUCCUUCAACACCUAUGUCCCUAAUUCCACCAACACCUACCGCAGGCAGUAUGCCACCACCAGCAAAACGCCAGAAACGCGGAAAGACAGAGCUUGAUGCGAGCAAUAUCCAUGCUGCAGAAGGUCAGAUUCUACUAGCCAUAAAUGCACCACUAAUGCUUGAGCCCACCAAGACGUCCGAAGAAACCAUUGCACUCCUUGAAGCAAUGUCUCACCCCAAGCACGCAGAAUCUCCUCCUCAACCUAAGACUCGUAAGAGAACUGUCGCCGAGAUGGCCGCGGACGAAGCCAUUGCUGCAGAGACAGAACGCUUCAUGCUGGUUGCAGACGAGCGUCUGGCCUCCAGCGCCAACGGAGCUCAGAAUGGCGGUACUGCUGAUGGUGAUGCUUCGGGUGGCGCAUCCACAUUUGAGCCUAGAUUUGAGCGAUUCAAAGUCAUCGCCGACAUCAAGAGAGAGCAUGCUGAGAAAAAGGAGCAGGAGAAGCUCAAGCAGUUGGAGAAUGACCGGAAACUCCAGCAACAAAGACAACAGCAGCAGCAAGAAGCAGUCGCGUUGGCUCAGAAGCAAGCCGCUGAAGACCGCGCUCGCUCAGCUGCGGCGGCAAGAGAAACUCAGUUACGACAACAAGCCGAAGCACAACAGCGACAAGCUCAGGCUCAGGCUCAAGCUCAAGCUCAAGCUCGUGCCCAAGCCGCAGCCCAGAAUAAUCAGAAUGCCCAGAAUGCUCCGAGAGCCAAUGGAAACCAGCCACAGCAUGGUCACCCUCAGAAUAAUGCUAUUGCUAACGGAGUCAAUAAUGCGGUCGUGGGAACCCCUCAAAUGGCCAACAAUAUGCCUCCACAAGCACAGCCACGUUUCCAAGCUCAGAUUUCGCAACCACCGGCGUCUUCUCCUGUUGCCCGGCAAGGCACCCCUCAACACAUGUCAUCUCCUAUGGUUGGAAGCGUUGCCAUGCAACAAACCAACUCUGGCAUGGCAAACAGCCCCCCACGACCAUCUUCUGUCGUCCAAAAUCCAGGAGCCAUGUCUGUCCCAAUGGCUCACAAUAUGUCUUCUAGGGGUAGCCAGCAGAGCCAUCCUUCUGGUACCCCAGGAAUGCCUCACUCAACACCCAACAUGGCUCAUGGCACGCCUAUCAACCGGCCUGCCAUGUUGACAACUCCUCGCAUGACCCAGGCUAGCCCGCCACCGGCCAUGAUGGCCCAAAAUUCACAGAAUGGUCAAGGCAUGAUGAUGAAUGGCCAAGGCGCGAAUAUGCAAAACCCGCAAUUUGUUGCAGCUCAAAUGGCGCAGCAACGUGUUCUUCAGCAACAGCAUCAGCAGCAGCUGGCCAUGCAAAACGCUGCUAACAACGGCAACAUGGGCCAGAUGACUCCCCAGCAACAACAGCAAAUGAUGCAGAUGAUGCAGAGGCAGUUGAUUCAGCAGCAGCAGCAGGCUCAACAGCAGGGCAAUAUGAUGAGUCCUCAGCAGCAACAGCAGCAACAACAACUUGCCGCGCAGUAUGCUCAACAGAUGCAAAACAUGUCGGGCAAUCAAAUGCGACAAUUCCCACCGCAAAUGCAGGCACAAUUGCAACAGAUGAUGCGCGCCAAUCAAUUAAAUGGUCAGAUGGGCAACAGCCCUAUGCAACGUCAAGUCAGUGGGCAGAUGAUGAAUGGUAAUAACAUGAACCUUCAAGCACUGCAAGCGAUGCAGCAACAGCAGCAACAACAGCAGCAGCAGCAGCAACAACAACAGCAGCAGCAGCAACAACAACAACAACAACAGCAGCAACAGCAACAGCAACAGCAGCAGCAGCAACAACAGCAGCAGCAGCAGCAACAGCAGCAAGGAGGACAAAACUCGGUCCAGAUGCAGAUACAGCAACAAGCCAGAAUGAUAUAUUCUAGGAUGAUCGCGGCGGCUGUUUCAAAGCAUGGAUCUCCCGAUAGAAUCCCACCAGAUCUGAUGGAAAAGAUGAAGCAAUCCAGCCUACAACAGGGUCAUCUUCUCGUCCAACAAAACUUGACGCAGCGUCGACAGCAACAGCAACAAAUGUUGAUGCAACAGCAGCAACAGCAACAAAUGCAGCAGAUGCAGAUGCAACAACAGCAGAUCCAACAGCAGCAACAGAUGCAGCAACAGAUGCAGGGGAUGAAUGGGAUGAUGGGUGGUCCUCAGGGGAUGUGA